CAAUCUUCUAAUGAACCUCACAACUAAUAGAAAGACAUAAAGCUAUUUAUCCAUCCAUCCAUCCAUCCAUCCAUUAAAUUGGCUUUAAUUUUCAUUUAAUAAUUUCAAAAAUAACUCAUGUUUGCAAACAAAGGAUGAAACAGGUUUCGCAUUCACUUGUAUGGGUUUUCCCAGUCUUACAGAAGAUAUAAACAGGGCUGAGUUUUGGUUCUCCUUCCAAAUUAUGAUUAAGAUUUUGCAAAACAUAUAUAGAGAACACCCUCUCUUUCCACGACUAUUGCAAAAUGUUAAGGACGUUCCUCUUUUCUUUUCUGAUGCUGAAUAAAUUCUGCGUGCUCACCAUAGCCACAUCAAAUGCAGACCAAACUGGAUUCAUCAAAGAAAUCUAGCUUUCUGAACUGCCUCAGAUUCUCAAAGAGAUCUAUUCUUGUGCAUCACCACCAGAUAUGACAUAGUUCUUACAAAGAAGCAGAGGGAACCUAACAACCCACAAAACUGAGAAUUUCCUCUUUUAACCGGCAAAGUGACCAACUUAACUAUUUUCCGUGAGUCGUUUCUGCUUUGAUUGUGUGGAGAGACUAAGGCAAAGCAAGUCCUUUACUCUGCAGGAGUCAAAUUUUUCACUGGUUGUGAAAUGUUAUACACGCCAGAUGAUGAAUUGACCCAUAUGGCUGAAAACUGAUGGGAGAAAAUAAUCUACAGACCCUGAUGCCACCAUGUUUGCCUUCCUGAGCAAGAACCAAUGCAGAAGUACACAAAAGCACAACCCAACUGACUUCUGCUGAAGAUCUUCGGGUGAAUUUUUCCACAUCCUCUGCCAUCCUUCGUGGAAAAAUCAGAACAUUUGCAAACAUCGUUUGAUGCCUGUUGGCUAAAAAUAAGCGGUUUGUCCUUUAGCUGCCUGGGUCCAUCUUUAACUUUCAACGAGAAGCAGCAACUAGUAAAAAAAAAAAAAAAUCAAAGUGAGAUUCAUUUCCACAGAAGACAGCAAGCAAUACAAAAACCAUCUUUUCUGGAAUGACGGAUGCCAACAUCGGAAGUCUGGCAUUCCGAUAUCUUGAACACAAUCAGACUGAGGUCAUCCACUCAAAGAGCAGCAUGUAUGAGCCUGAAUAUCAGAAAAAAGUCAUCUAUUCUUUAAUCAUUUUAAUCUGUAUUCCAGGGAUUAUUGGAAAUGGAAUUAUCAUCCGACUUUUGGGUUUCAAGAUUAAAAGGAAUUCUUUCACUGUCUAUAUCCUCAAUUUGGCUGUGGCUGACAGUGGGACUCUCGUAUUCCUCUUUCUGAUGGAAAUCCUGUACUUGAUUAAGAGUUUCCCCCCCCUAAUAAUAACAGAAUGUAUGAUAUCCACUUACUGCACUGGUCAAUUUCUUCUGACUAUCAUUAGCAUUGACCGAUGUUUGGCUCUCUUCUUCCCAAUUUGGUAUCGAUGCCAUCAGCCAGCAUACUUGUCCACUAUACUCUGUGCCUUUUCAUGGCUGGUCUCUUUGCUCCUCUGUGUAAUUCAUUAUGUUCUGUUUGGGGUUAAUCUGACGAGAAACUUCCCCUCAUUCUACCACAUUCUCAUCUGUAGCUCCAUUUGCAUCCCACUCAUGGUGGUCUCCAGCCUGGCCCUCUUCAUCAAAGGCUACCUUAAAUCACAGAUGCAGAAGCGUGGAAAACUUCUCAAAGUCGCCUUGCUUGCCCUGUUUUUCUUCCUCAUCUUUUCUAUUCCACCCAGCGCCAUUUAUCUCAGUGAUGUUCUUUUCAAGCAUAAUUAUGACAAUUUAAUUACAUAUGGCUACCUAUGCGCCUGUCUUAACAGCAGUGUUAACCCACUGAUCUAUUUUCUACUGGGGAGGAAGAAGGAACAUCAUUCUACGUACAACUUAAACACUAUCCUUCAGAGAGUUUUCAAGGAGGAAGACGAAAAUGAAAAGCAGGCAGAGGUCCAGGUUGAUAUCCAGUCAUGAUGUGCUCACGAGAGUGGGGGAAAAAAAAUCCAUAUUUCUAUACUGCCCUGCCAGGCCCUGAUAAUGAAUUCAGAGAAAUCUCCUCUGGAAAUCCAGGACUGCCAAAAAUGUAACGCCAAGGAGAUUAGGAAAUUAGUUUGUCGUUUAUUCAGUUGUAACUGUGAUUUUCAAGUCAUUUUGAGCAGAUCCUGCUGACUUGAGCUGACUUGAUGAAAUAACUCAUGGGUGAAAGGGGGUUAAACUUUUCUUCAAUCUCGGUAAUCAAUUAUGAGAAGCUAAAUGAAUGGUUUUCCUUAUUUUCAGAUUUCUGCACCUAAUGUUUGUUCAUCUGCAGGCAUAAGUCAAAAUGCUCCAAAAACCCUUUCAGCUGCUUUGAUGCUCCUAGCUAUUUUACCCUCACCUUCAGUUAUUCAGUUCAUUUACUAGUGAGAAUUAUUGAUCAGUGAUUCUGAAAAUGUAAUUCUGUGUUAGCAUCCAUCCAAUGUAUGUAUGUAUGUAUGUAUAUGUGUGUAUGUGUG